AUGGAGUACACGUACGACGAGGACCUGGAGGAGCUGUGUCCCGUCUGCGGCGACAAGGUGUCGGGAUAUCACUACGGCCUGCUGACCUGCGAGAGCUGCAAGGGUUUCUUCAAGAGGACGGUGCAGAACAAUAAGAGGUACACGUGUGCAGAGAACCAGGAGUGUAAGAUUGACAAGACCCAGAGGAAGAGGUGUCCGUUCUGCCGCUUCCAGAAGUGUCUGAACGUGGGAAUGCGCCUGGAAGCGGUCCGUGCAGACCGAAUGCGCGGUGGGAGGAAUAAGUUCGGUCCGAUGUACAAACGGGACCGGGCCCUGAAGCAGCAGAAGAAGGCGCUGAUCCGGUCCAGUGGCUUUAAGCUGGAGAGCAGCGGCGGCGGUGGCGCCGUGGCCCCCGCGGCCCCCGCGCCCUCCCCCCUCCAGGGAGAUUACUCUUUCACAGCUCCUCUGCACAGUCUGCCCACCAUCUCCAAGUCCCUGCUCCCGGGGCCCCCCCCGCUCCCCCCCGCGGACUACGAGCCCGGUCUGUACGCGCCCGCCCUGGGGAUGUCCGUGCAGUCGCACGUGGCGCUCAGCUCGCCGUACCCGUACACGUUCCCCAGCCGCGCCAUCAAAGCCGAAUGCCCCGACUACACCAGCUCCCCGGACUCCCUGGGCGGGUACCCGUACCCCGACAUGUACGGGCCCUCGUCCCCCCCGCCCCCCAGCCUGCCCCCCCUGGUGCUGGAGCUGCUGCGCUGUGACCCGGAUGAGCUGGUGGUGCAGAACAAGAUCGUGACCCACCUGCAGCAGGAGCAGGGUUCCCGCGGGCGCUCCGAGAAGCACAGCACCUUCAGCCUCAUGUGCCGCAUGGCCGACCAGACGCUCUUCAGCAUCGUGGAGUGGGCCAGGAGCUGCGUGUUCUUCAAGGAGCUACGGGUGGGGGACCAGAUGAAGCUGCUACACAACUGCUGGUCCGAGCUGCUGGUCCUGGAUCACAUUUUCAGACAAGUGCAACACGCAAAGGAAGACAGCAUCCUGCUAGUCACGGGCCAGGAGGUCAUCUGGUGA